AUGGAGGCGGCAAUUGGCUGUACGAGCCUUGCAGCGGUUGCACUCCUGACGCGCCAAUGUCUGCAUAUCAGUAGCAGAGCAGCCCAGCCGCACCGCCUGUACCAGGAUGAGGACGGAGGCACAACUCCAGAACCACAAGGCAACUCUCGCAGCAUCACCACGGCCAAGCUCUUUAUGAAUGCUGCCGCUGCUGUUGGAACCUCAACGUCUGUGUUUCGUGCUGGCCACGACGACAGAAUAGGGCCGUGGAGCUUGCCAGCCGCGGCCAACCCGCGCGUCGGUCUAUGGCUUCUUCUCGCAGCUCAGGCUCUCAUAAUUGGAAAUGAGGCUGGCGUGCGGGAGCGCUAUAAGCAAGGCGUCGGGGCACUGGCUUCGGCCGCCGUUCUUGCUCUUUAUAUCGGGCUUCAUGAUUUCAUGAGGGGCCCUUGUGUCAGCAUUGCCUUCAUAGAAAUGAAUUGCGUCCUAGUCAUAAGCAUCGCCUGCUUAACCCUACCGCGGCGGCCGGUACUAUACAAUGAUGGACGCCUCAUCGAUCAGCAGAAUGGCGCCUCGAUUAUCUCUCUGCUUUCAUUCUCUUGGUUUCCGCUUUAUCAACAUCGAUUCUCUGCUCUUGAAAAUUUAAGCUUGCGUGACUUGCCCGUCGCGCCUCUCGCGCACAGAAUGCGACCUCUGCGACAAAUAUUUAUGCAAUCUGCCUCAGACGACAUGCUGAUGUUGCGACUGAUCAAGGCAUGGCGGUAUAGCUUCUAUCUGCAAUGGGCUUUGACGAUGCUACAUAGUAUGUCUCAGUUUGCAAGUCAGUAUUUGCUACAGCGACUACUUAGUUGUCUAGAGCCGCCCUUGACCCAGCAUUACGCCAUGGGCUAUGCUGUAUGUCUGGGCUUGGCACUUUUAUCGGAAAACAUGUCUGCAGGGUGGAUUACAUGGGUGACGCAAGCAAAGCUCUCUCUCCCGAUGACUGCUCUGCUGAAGGGUGUCUUGUUCGAGACCAUGACGAAAAAGCGAAGCUCACAGCAAGCUAAGCCGAAAGCCGCACAACGUAAUGACGUUUUCUCUUUGGAGAGCUUAAUGUCAAAUGAUUGUGCAUCGGUCUGCCAGGCGUGUGCUUCUAGCCAACACUGUCUCAAAGCUGGAUUUAAACUGCUGUUCGAUGUCACAUAUCUAAUUUAUCUGAUCGGUCUGAAACAUAUUCUCAUCGGCAGUUUAUUUCCUGUCAUAUUAUUCCCCAUCUCGAAAAUGCUUUCCCAUCAGCACAGACAUGCCAAGAUGGAGCUUUCAAAUUUACACAAUGCCUUCUCUACAGAAGUAUCUGAGCUGCUUCGAAGUCUCCGCCAAAUCCGCAUGUCAUCCAUGGAGCAACUUUGGCAACAGCGAGUUACCAGAGCCAGGGCUCGCGAACUGAGGCAGAUAUGGCAUUGCGGGAUGAUCUUGUCAAUGCUGACCCUCGUCACAAAUCUGGGGCCAAUCUUACUGAUAUCAGUGUCGCUUUCCUCCUAUGCCCUUGAGGUCGGUCAUUUAAGCCCAUCGCUUGCGUUUGCCUCUAUAGGGCUUUUCCGCAAUCUCCAUGCUGUUAUGCAAGAGUUGCCGGCCAUGAUAGCCAGUCUCCAAGAGUCUUUUGCAGCCAGCAAGCGCAUCGAAAAAUAUCUGGACCAGUCAACGGAGGUUCGAGUUCCGACCAGCGCCGACUCAACAUCGUUCAAAGAUGCCCGGAUAAGUUGGGCCAGCUCAGCCGCCGCUCCGGAGUCAUCAGGCUCAUCUUUCUGUCUAAGAGAUGUAAACCUGCGCUUUCCAGAAGGGAGGCUGAGCGUCAUAGCCGGGAAAACAAGUUCUGGCAAAGGUCUUUUGCUCUCCGCACUGCUAGGUGAGGCGGAUGUUGAGCUCGGAGGCCCCAAGUCGAACUCCAGCCCAAUGCUUGGCAAGCAGACGGUAGUUUCGGUGCCCGAUUUUGCAUAUGUCUCGCAACCGCCCUGGAUCGAAAACCGGCCUAUCAAGGAAAACAUUCUAUUUGGCAACGCAUUUGAUGAAGAGCGAUACAUGGCUGUUCUGCGAGCCUGCGCGCUGGAAAGGGACCUUGAAGCUCUUCCUGACGGAGACUCAACGAUGGCCGGCGUCGGUGGCGGAGCUCUCAGCGGUGGUCAGAAGUGGAGAGUGAGUCUGGCGAGAGCUCUGUACUCUCGUGCCCGGAUCCUUGUGCUCGACGACGUUCUCAGCGCGGUUGAUCCUCAUGUCGCGAAAUGGCUUUGCCACAAUGCUUUAUCUGGUCCGUUGGUUCGUGGCCGGACGGUGAUUAUCGCGACUCACCACUUGGCCAUCUGCGAAUAUUUGGCCAGUUAUGUAGUUACUGUUGAUGCAGGCACUGCUUCGGGUCGUGUUUGUGCUCCGCGGCGUAGUAGUGAACAUCUGAACAUCGAAACUGUGCCUCGUUCGGCCACCAGCAGCCCCAAACCGGGUUCUGGGUUGCGCUCGACUGAUGCAGGCAAAAAGAGUCCAGCUACUUCUCGGCGUUCUGUACUGCGAACGCUUGCUACAUAUAUUUUGGGCAGUGGAAUUUGGCCUGUUAUACUCGCCGUCUCGGCAACGUUCGCAUGUCGGCUUCUGGCGGUGGGAAACUCGUGGUGGCUAACGAAAUGGACCUCGGGUAAAGAGCUUGAUGGCGAGAGCCUGCGGUUCAAUCUGUAUAUUUACCUGGCUCUGUCAGUCUGCUCUGCCGUUGCCCUGGCGGUACAUGCCAUCACUGUGCAAGGAGUAAGUCAACGCGCAUCAGAGGUGCUCUUUCAACGGACAGUGCGAGGCGUUCUGAGUAGUCCUUUGCGAUGGAUAGAUAGCACACCCUUGGGGAAGCUGCUACAAAGCCUUUCCUCUGACAUGCACCUGGUCGAUCACCGAGUUGCAGCAGGCCUCAGUGAUUUGCUUCGCAUCGUCAUGCAGCUAGCCGUUGUUGUUUUCACUAGUGGAGUUGCUACCCCUCAGACCAUUGCUAUGAUGGUGAUAAUGUUGUCCUUCUACUUCAGAAUCACGGCAAGGCAUCUUUCCAUGUCGAAGCGCCUGAACAAGCUCAUUCCGCUCGCAGCGCAGCCUAUUCUGGAGCACACAAACUCUGCAGAAUAUGGUAUUACGACGAUACGAGCUUUCAAGAAGCAGUCGAUAUAUAUUGAGCGCAUAUACGACUUGCUGGAUGUGGAGAUGUGUCUUAGCUGGCACAUCACUCUAGGACAACGGUGGAUUCAUGGCCGAUAUGGCAUUCUUGGUUCGCUAUUCGUCUGCGCCACCGCCAUAUCCUUGGUGCUUGCAGGCGCCGAUGCUGCGACCGCAGGUUUUGCCAUUAAUGUAGUCCUCCAGUUCAAGGCAACUAUGAGCGGGAUGAUGGGCAAGACCAACCUUCUCACCAGCGGAGCUCGCGCUAUCGAUCGUGUUCUGGAUAUUGCGGGCGCGCCUACCGAGAGUCAGGAUGGGGAGGAUGUAGCAGCGUCAUGGCCCGCCUCUGGCAGAGUUUACAUUCAAGAUAUUACCAUUCGCUACGAUACCGGUCUGCCACCUGUUUUAACGAAUGUUUCGCUUUCACUAAAGGCGCGCGAACGUCUAGGCAUCGUUGGACGUACGGGUGCUGGCAAAACAAGCCUCGUUAAUGCCUUGCUCCGGUUCAUUGACAUCGAGGCGGGAACUAUUUACAUCGACGGCGUCGAUAUCGCGUCUGUCAAGCUCACUCGUCUUCGGAGCUCCAUUUCUGUCAUACCUCAAGAUCCAUUCUUGUUCUCAGACACGUUGCGCGCCAAUCUGAAUGUCUACGGCCACAAAACCGACGAGGAGCUCAAGGCAGCGUUGAGCAAGGUAUAUAUGCACACUGAGAACAGGCAGGACCCAACCCAUACGCUGGAAAACUUGGAAAUGAGCAUUCACCCCCGCGGCGAAAAUCUCUCCCAUGGGCAGAGACAGAUGGUCUGCCUCGCAAGGGCGAUCCUAGACCCUCGGCGCAUCGUUGUCCUGGACGAGGCGACCAGCGCCGUAGAUCGAGCGACGGACACGAUGGUCCAAGAGGUGAUUCGCCGUGAAUUCGCAGAUUCUACGAUCAUUGUGGUGGCCCAUCGGCUGGCCACAGUUGCCGACUUGGACAAGGUUCUAGUUUUGGAUGAGGGCGCCGCUGUUGAGCUUGGGUCUCCGGCCGAGUUGAUGGAAAAGAAGGGCGUCUUUUGGGACAUGGUGAAUCAAAGCGGUGACGCCCAGGAAGUACGGAGGGUUAUUGACGGGAUGCGGCAUACAUGA